AUGGCGUCCAUUCAAGGCUUCCAAGGCAACGCGCUCAUUCCCAACACCAAAGCCUACGAUCGCGCGAACAACAUAUACGCUUCAUCCUCAUUCGGCAAAGAGCGUGACAUGAACCCAGGAGAAAUUUACCAACCCAGCAGCAUCGAAGACAUCCGCAUGAUCGUAAAAUACGCCAACCAAGUCAACAAGCCGAUCGUCAUUAGGACCGGCGGCCACCAGUACAGCGGUGCUUCAUCAACAAACCUGAAUGGCAUACAAUUGGACCUCAAGCCGACGUUUCGCCGCCCCGGCGUCGAUCAACAACUCGUAAACGAGAAUGGGAAGGUUUAUAUGCAGUCCAGUGUUAGUUGGACCAUGAUGGAACUCUACGACUUCUUGACAGCAGACUUGGGAACAAUCAAGUUUUUUGAUUGA